AUGAAGGUCGUAAUAUUGGCAGUUCUGUCUCUUGUGUCUCUGGCUUUUGGAGCCCCUCGGUUCCAACUCGGUGAGGAGUGGGAGCUGUGGAAGUCGGAGCACGGGAAGAGCUACCAGUCCCAGAGAGAGGAGCUGGAGAGACACGUCAUAUGGCAGGCAAACCGCAAGUACGUCGAGGCCCACAACCAGAACGUCCACAUCCUUGGUUUCACUCUCAAGAUGAACCAUUUCGGAGACAUGAGUGAUAGUGAGUUCAGUGACAUGUACCUGACGAAGAUGAGCAACCGUAACUUCACCUCUGCCAAGGUGUUUGACUCCUCGUCCUAUGAAGGAGAUCUCCCUGAGUCCAUUGACUGGAGGAACAAGGGAGCUGUCUCAGACAUCAAGAACCAGGGUCAGUGUGGUGCCAGCUAUGCCUUCAGUGCUAUGGGAGCUCUGGAGGGAGCCUCGGCCUUGGCUCACGGGAGACUAACCACUCUCAGUGAACAGAACAUCAUUGACUGCUCCGUUUCAUAUGGUAACCAUGGCUGCAAUGGUGGAAACAUGUACAACGCCUUCCAGUAUGUGGUCGCUAACGGUGGAGUUGACACUCAGAGCAGCUACCCCUUCCAGGGCAGGCAAUCAUCUUGCUCCUACUCCAAGAACAACUGUGGGGGAACAAUGUCGAGUGUCAUCAGACUUCCGUCUGGAGAUGAGACUAGUCUUCAGCAAGCAGUGGCCUACGUGGGACCAGUCUCUGUGGCUGUCGAUGCCGACAACACGGCUUUCAGGUACUAUUAUCAGGGAGUGUACAGCUCCUCCCGAUGCUCCAGUUCAGACGUCAACCACGGAAUGGUCGUCACUGGCUAUGGAUCCACCGGUGGCUCUGACUUCUGGCUUGUCAAAAACAGCUGGGGCACCAACUGGGGAAUGGAUGGCUACAUCCUGAUGACAAGGAAUAAGUACAACCAAUGUGGAAUCGCCACCGAUGCCUCCUACCCAACUCUCUAG